AUGAAAACGAUUGUGAUACCAGACACUCGAUUCCAACAAGUCUUCCAAAAUGCUUUAGAAAGAGAAAGAAACAAACUAUACCCUGAUACUACGAAGCAGAAUACUGGUACACUCGUCACUGAAUCAUUAGUCAUUUUUAAAGUGAUCCUAAGAGACGUUAUAUUAUUACCAUUUAUACAGAGUGUUCUUUGGACUGAAUUUCUAAUUGUUUGUAAGCCACGGAUAUAUCGUGGGUUCAAAUCCAUUGCGAAUUUCAAUAUUAAAAAUAUAACGAAUAUGCUUACCGGACGUACAAACAACUAUUAA